AUGAUCCGCUCCCCUCCCUCCAUCCCCAUCCCGCGCACCCUGCCCCUGCUCCCUUUGCUCGACAAGGUCCUCCUCCCCGGCGUCGUCACCCGUCUCCACGUCUCCCGUCGCGACUCGGUCCCGCUCUUUGAAAAAGUCCUGCGCACCUUCGACUCUAAAGAACUCUCCAAAUGCAUCAUCGGCGUCUUCCCCGUCCAGUCCUCUGCGCGUCCCACAAAGUCUUUUCCUCCUCCUCCUCCUCCUCCUCCUCCUUCUCCUUCCUCUGCCUCUGCAUUCGGCCACAAGUCAAUAAAACCAAACUCGGCCUCAGAGAAGGACAACGACAGCGACAAUAGACGCGAAAAUGGGUUCGAGGAGGCCCCGAUGGUGGUCGGCAGUAGUGUCGGACAGGUGGUCUCGAUGCGUCCGGGGGGACAUGGCAGCGGACAGGGUGUGAGCUCGGUGCUGAGUCCGGCGGAUAUUCAUACGACAGGGUGUGCGGCUCGGUUGGUCCGGCUGGAACGAGUUGUUGGUGGAUUCACCGUGGUGCUUGAAGGCAUUGUACGUCUACGACUGAACAAGAUCAUCAGUCAAGCGCCCUUCUUUGAGGCGGACGUGACACCACUCCCGGACAAGGCCGUUAACAAACACGACCAAGAACUCCAAGAUCAGAUCGUGAUUUUGAAAUCGACCUCAAAGGAAUUUGUAUCCCUGCUGCAGACCCUGAAACUGCCAGCACCGGUCCUGACGCAAUUACAAAGGUUUCUGGAGAACGUGGCGGCGAUCCCGGGCCAGGUCGUGGAUCUGUUGAUGAGUACGAUCGAGUGCACGUUCGAGGAGAAGCGGGUGAUCCUCGAUGCUGUGGAACUGAAGGAACGCAUCCCCAAGGCCGUCGAAUUGUUGACCAGGCAGAUUCAUGUCUUGAAGAUUUCACAAAAGGUGCAUGACAACGUUGAGGGGAAACUGAACAAGAAGCAACGCGAGUUCUAUCUCCGUCAACAGAUGGCUGCGAUCAAGGAAGAACUCGGCGAGAAGGACGUGGGCGAGGAGGACGAGAUGACCCUGAUCGAGAACCGACUCAAUGCCGCGAAUUUGCCGGCGGACGUCCAAAAGGCCGCAGACAGGGAGCUGAAGAGACUGAAGAAGAUGCAGCCGGCCUCGUCGGAAUACUCGGUCAUUAGGAAUUACCUGGACUGGUUGGGCGACCUGCCCUGGUCAAGGUCAAGCGAGGACAUUUUGGAGGUCGAGAGGGCGAGGACUCAGCUGGACGAUGACCACUAUGGGCUGGAGAAGGUCAAGCGGAGGAUCCUUGAGUACUUGGCCGUGACAAAAUUGCAGCGGAUUAAGGGAGAUGUCAAGGGUCCGAUCCUGUGUCUCGUUGGACCGCCUGGUGUGGGCAAGACGUCCUUGGGAAGAUCGAUCGCCACGGCCAUGGGAAGGAAAUUCCACCGGAUUUCGUUAGGCGGUGUAUGGGACGAGUCCGAGAUUCGUGGGCAUCGUCGGACAUAUGUGGGAGCCUUGCCGGGUCUUAUUAUCCAUGGGCUGAAGAAAUGUGAGGUCAACAACCCAGUGUUCCUACUUGACGAAAUCGACAAGGUCGGCUCAAGAGGACACCAUGGCGAUCCCUCCGCAGCCUUCCUCGAAGUCCUCGACCCCGAACAGAACAAUACCUUUACGGACCACUACUUGAAUGUACCGUUUGAUCUCUCAAAGGUCCUGUUCAUCGCGACUGCGAACUCUGUGGAGACCAUCCCUGGGCCACUGCUCGACCGGAUGGAGCUCAUCACCCUCCCUGGAUACACCUACGCCGAGAAACUGGCCAUCGCCACCAAUCACCUGCUGCCGAAACAGAUCCGGUUGCAUGGCUUGACCGAGGACGACGUGAAGGUCACGGAAUCGGCUUUGCUCAAGGUCGCGACCGGGUACACGCGCGAGAGCGGGGUUCGACAGCUGGAACGGGAGGUCGGAUCCCUGGUCAGGGCCAAGGCUGUGGAGUAUGCAGAAGCUCAGGAACGGAAACUGUCGAACGUUGUUUCUUUUCCUUCUUCUUCUUCUUCAUCGUCAUCGUCACCGUCAUCAACAACAGCAAUAGCAACAAGGACGGGCGCAGAGUACCAGCCGCUGGUCACGGUCGCAGACGUGGAAGAGAUUCUCGGACAGGAGAAAUAUGUCAAUGAGGUCACGGAGCGUAUGCCGACUCCGGGCGUGGUGACCGGGAUGGCCUAUAAUGGUGUCGGAGGCGGGAUCUUGUUCAUCGAAGUGUCUCAGAUGCCUGGAAAGGGACGAUUGCAGCUGACGGGAAGUUUGGGCGAUGUGAUCAAAGAAAGUGCUCAGAUUGCGUUGAGCUGGGUCAAGACCCAUGGGUACGACAUUGGCCUGACAUUGAGUCGAGGUCAGAACAUUAUGGAGAAAGUUGAUGUCCAUAUCCAUAUGCCCGAUGGAGGCACUCCCAAGGACGGGCCUUCCGCAGGUAUCGCCAUGGUGUGUGGGCUAGUAUCGAUGUUCUCGAACCAGACCGUCCCAGCGACGACGGCGAUGACGGGCGAGUUCACGCUGCGGGGGCUCGUGAUGCCUGUAGGCGGGAUCAAAGAAAAGGUGAUUGCGGCCCACCGUGCGGGCGUACGCAAGAUCAUUAUGCCGCUCAGGAACCAGAAGGACGUGACCUCGGAUGUGCCCGUCAAUGUACGGGAGGAAAUCGAAUUUGUCUACGCCUCCACGAUCUGGGAGGUUUUGAGGGAGGCCUUUGAGGGGCGGAUCGUUGCUAGAGCCGGUACUCCGGUCGCGAACGGUGCUUUGGAUAGCAGAAUGUAA